AUGAAACCAAAAGCAACCAACUAUUCUUAUCUAAGCAUUAUUCCGGAUGAAUUGAAAAUUUACAAAUAUCAAGAUUAUUUCUACAACUUUUUAAAUAAAUUCAAAUCAUCUUUCACUUCAAAACAAAACUCUACACCGCUUGAAACAAUUACUAUAAUGAAUUCAGAUGAAAAGAUAACUAAGUUAAUAAAUUCGAAUACUUCGAGAAUUCAAACGCCUGAAAAUAAUGUAAUACACCAUUUGAAACUUUUAAAAGAUAAUGAAUUGUUCAAGCUCCCAUAUUCAAUACUUCAACAUGAAGCCAUUAUUGACAUAAUUCAAAACAAUUCACUUCCAUUCGAUGCAUCCGACAAUGUAGCUAAUAGAUUGUUACAUUAUGCAGUGGAAUAUGGGCAUAUAGAUUUAGUAAAAUGGUUAUUGUAUAAUGGAGCAGAUCCAAAUUACGUCGAUGAAUCAGGAAAUCAACCUCUACAUUCCGCAGUGAUCAGGCGACAUUUACAAAUACUUCAGCUAUUAAUUGAUUUUGGUGCUAAUUUAGAUGCGAAAAAUCGACUAGGCGCGCAAGCUAUACAUUUAGCAUGUGAAGCGAAUUUUCUAGAAGGAUUAGAACUCCUACUUGACAUUGCAGUAGAUGUCAACACUCCAGAUGAACAAGGUGCAACACCAGUUCAUUAUUGUUGUUUCAAUGAUAGUGCUGCAUGUUUACAAAUGUUGAUACAAGUUGGUGGAAAUAUCUACCAACCUGAUGCUUUAGGAAAAUAUCCAAUUCAUGAAGCAAUCUCCCAGUCAAGUUUACAAUGUAUCAAAAUUCUUUUAGAUUACAAUCAAUAUGAUAUACAAGUAGAUAAUGAAUCAGAAACAACAUUAUCUACGCAUUUUAAACAAAAUAUUAAUUCUUUUGUAAGUACAAAUAUGGAUAAUUAUAAAACAAUUUCAAUAUUCAAUCGUAAAUAUUCAAUUAGUUCAAACGAUCUUACUAAAGAAAGCAGAAAUAUAACCAAUUCAUAUGAAUUCGAUAUGAAACGACAGAAGUUCAAUCAAACAAUAAGGAAACAGUUUAAGAAAGAACAACUAAUUAAUUUACUUGAUGGUGAAGGUCUUGCACCAAUUCAUACGGCUGCUAAUUCCGGAUCGAUUGAGUUAUUAAACAUAUGCCUUCAAUAUAAUCCAGAUGUACUAGCUACAGAUCACAAUGGUCAAACAGUAUUGCAUUAUGCCGCACUACGAGGUGAUUUAGAAUGUGUAAAAGCAAUCAUUGGAAGUAUUUCACUUGAAGAACAAAGUAAACUCAUUCAAUGUCCCAAUAAAAAUGAAGAAACAUGUCUACAUUUAGCAGCCAAACAAAAUUUUGUUGAUAUGGUUGAUUAUCUAAUAAGCUUGGUAAUGAAUUUACUUACUUAUUUAACAUAUAAUUUUUUAUAG